UUAAGAAGCUGUGAGCACGCCAGCUUAGCUUAAACGAAACAGUCGCUUAGAGCACGUCGCAUGAAUUACAAUGCUCCUCUAUAUAUUGUUCCUGUUACUACAUUACUUAUUGUGGUUUCCCAUUAAGAACGUUUACGGUGAAGUGCUAGAUUCAACCGCGAUUUGUGACUGCACUUUUGAUGUGCAAAUAGAUGUCUUUAAAAAGUUCCUUGAAGAAUUGCAAGCUGCGCGUAAGCGAGAAGAUGAUAUUUGGACACAAAUAGCUCUCAUUGAAACCAGACUGCAAUCGAUUGAGGAACAGCUGAGUGUUCGAAAGUCGGUGCCUUCAAGUUGCUUGGAGGCAGCAGCUGAGAGCUUCAAAAGUGGUGUUUACAAUAUAACAUUCGAAAAGUUUAGUGUCACACCGUUUGCCGUAUACUGUAACGAAGAGGUGGACUACGGUGGUUGGUUAGUUAUACAACGACGUGUCAGUAAUGCCGGGGACUUUUAUAGAGAUUGGCGGGAGUAUAAGAACGGUUUCGGGGUGCUGGAUAAAGAUUUUUGGAUUGGUUUGGAAAAACUACAUGCCUUCACCAGCAGUUGUCAGCAUGAGCUCCAUAUUGAAAUGCAAAAAUAUAGUGGUGAAGGUUAUUAUGCGCGCUACUCGGAAUUUGUAGUCGGCAGUAAAUCGGAGGGCUAUCCUCUUAAAAUAUUGGGUACUUAUGAAGGCACUGCUGGCGAUAUCUUGAGAAUCCACGUGGGUAUGAACUUCACCACCUAUGAUAAUGAUAAUGAUUGUGCUUAUACUUACUUCGUCGGCCGGUUGUUAAUAGAAUGUGCCUAUAGACCUCUUGAUACAGCAUAUGGCAGAAAUUGGGUCGGCAUAUCUGUGAAUGAAACUUUGAAAUCAACGCAAAUGAUGAUACGCCCCACAGUGGAAUGCCUAAUGCGCAUGUCACUAAAGGCCAAAUGAUUUUAUAUAUUUUAUGAAAUUGAUCUAAUUUUUAAUAACUAAAAGGUAUUAUUAAUGUCUUACUUAAUAAACUUUGCGAUUUGAUUCGGAGAUAAUGUAAUGUUUGAUUAACACUCUAAUAAAGACAUAAUAAUAUAUUUUCAAUUUUGUAA